GGCGGGCUGGAGGCGCCCUGCUCUGUGAGCCGCCCGGCUGCUGCCAUCCAGGGAGUGCGGACCCUGCGGCCGGUUAGGAGGCCGCCCACGGAGACCUCUCGCUUCCUCCUGCCCGGGGGCCGGCCGCGGACGGCAGACCAUGUGGAUCCUGGUGAGCUGGAUGGCCUUGGUGGUGGGGCUGGUGGCUGGAACACAGUGCCCUGACGGUAAGCUCUGUCCUGUGGCCUGCUGCCUGGAUACGGGAGUAGCCAGCUACAGCUGCUGCAGUCCCAUUCUGGACAAAUGGUCCUCUCUGCUCACAAUACAGAGUAGGCCUCUGGAAACACCCUGCCAGGUCGAUACCCACUGCUCUGCUGGCUCCUCUUGCCUCCUCACUGUCUUGGGGAUCUCCAGUUGCUGCCCCUUCCCCCAGGCUGUGGCAUGCGGGGAUGGACACCACUGCUGCCCUUGGGGCUUCCACUGCAGUGCCGAUGGGUGGUCCUGCUUCCACGGAUCAGAUACCAACAGCUUGGGUGCCAUCCUGUGCCCCAAUAGCCAGUUUGAAUGCCCCGACUCUUCCACGUGCUGCACUAUGCUCGAUGGCUCCUGGGGAUGCUGCCCCAUACCCCAGGCUUCUUGCUGUGAAGACAAGAUACACUGCUGCCCCCCUGGUACCUCCUGUGACCUGGCUCAUGCCAGCUGCCUCUCGCCUACGGGUACCCACCCCCUGUUAUUGAAGAUCCCCGCAAAAAGGAAUAAUAAGGCAGUGGCUUUGCCCACCGUGGUCAUGUGUCCUGAUGCACGGUCCUUCUGUCCUGAUGGUUCUACCUGCUGCGAGCUGUCCGAUCGGAAGUAUGGUUGCUGUCCUGUUCCCAACGCCAUCUGCUGCUCCGACCUCGUGCACUGCUGCCCCCCAGACACUAUCUGCAACCUGAUCGAGAAGAAAUGCCUCUCCGAGGAGAAGGCUAUGGACCUCCUCAUGAAGCUGCCUGCAACCACAGUGAAGGAGGUGAAAUGUGACUUGGAAAUGAGCUGCCCAGAUGGCUAUACCUGCUGCCGCCUACAGUCAGGGGCCUGGGGCUGCUGCCCUUUUGUCCAGGCUGUGUGCUGUGAGGACCAUAUCCACUGCUGCCCGGCAGGGUUUAGGUGUGACACAGAGAAGGGUAUCUGUCAGCAGGGGAUCUUCCAGAUACCCUGGAUGGAGAAGGCCCCAACCCACCUCAGCCUGCUGAACUUCCAAUCCAGGGAGGGUGACGUUCCCUGUGAUGACACUGCCAGCUGUCCCCCCUUCAAUACCUGCUGCCGACUUAUGUCUGGGGAGUGGGGCUGCUGUCCGGUCCCAGAGGCUGUAUGCUGCUUAGACCACCAGCACUGCUGCCCCCACGGCUACACGUGCACACUUGAGGGACAGUGUGAGAAGGGGAACAAGAUCAUGGCGGGUCUGGAGAAGCAGUCUGCUGCCCAGGCUUCCCCCCCCAGAAACACCAGCUGUGACCAGCACAGCAGCUGCCCGGUGGGGCAGACCUGCUGCCCGAGCCUGAGCGGGGGCUCGGCCUGCUGCCAGUUGCCCCAUGCCGUUUGCUGUGAGGAUCAUCAGCACUGCUGCCCGGCUGGGUACACCUGUAACGUGAAGGCCCGGUCCUGUGAGAAGGAGGUGGACUCUGCCGAACCUGCCAUCUCCCUGGCUCCCAGCCUUCACGUGGGGGUGGGGGACGUGGAGUGUGGGGAGGGGCACUUCUGCCACGAUAACCAGACCUGCUGCCUCAACAGCCAAGGAGGCUGGGCCUGCUGUCCCUACCGCCAGGGCACCUGCUGUAAAGAUCAGCGCCACUGCUGCCCCGCGGGCUUCCACUGUGCCGACAGAGGCACCAAGUGUUUGCGCCGGCAGAGUCUGCUCUGGGACACCCCUUUGAGGGCCUUAGCCCAGAGACAGGUGCUGUGAGGAGGAGACCGAGGACUGAACACACUCCACAGACUGGGACCCUGCUUAGAGGAUGCCCACUGCUCAGGCCUCCCCAGCACCUCUUCCUCAACAAAUUCUCCCUGACCCCCUGCCCCCAUUCUGAGACCCAGCAUCACCGUGGGAGGUGGGGCCGCAGUCUAAGGCCUUCCCUGCCAGAAGGGGCUCUGUGGCAAAAGCCAGGUUACAAGCUGCCAUCCCUCCCCCAAUUCCUGUGGACCCUGUGGCCAGGUGCUGUCCCCCCUCCACAGGAGGGUGUGUGUGUGUGUGUGUGUGUGCUCCAGUAAAGUUUAUACACUUUCU